AUGGGCACACCUCCCGGGAAGCAGAGGAGGGCUCACAGCACCCCCGGGGCCCGGGCACAGCUCUGCUCGGCCUGUCAAGAGCGGCUCCUCCCAGGCAACCAGCGCUCGCUGCUCGGGGCGCCUGAGGAGGUGAACGCGGAGAACGCCAACCCAGGCGGGAAAACACGGCGUGGAAACCGACCCGGCGCGGCAGGUAAACUAUGCCAACAGGCCCCCACAGAGACCUGCCAGGCCACCCUAGCCAGCGUAUCUCCUGUUUUUGCAGUGAUGAAGUUUGACAAAGAGGGAAAUACUACCUAUUUUGAAAAGAAGAAGACAGAAUUGUACCAGGAAUUGGGUCUUCAGGCACGAGAUCUAAGAUUUCAGCACGUAAUGAGCAUUGCAACUAGGAACAACAGAAUCAUCAUGAGAAUGGAGUUCUUGAAGGCUGUCAUAACACCAGAGUUUCUGCUGAUACUAGAUUAUAGUAAUUUGAGUCUGGAACACUGGCUCCUCAGUCAACUAGCAUCUCAGCUGGCUGGGGAAGGUCAGCUAGUUACAUAUUCUCUGCCCUUUGAAUUCCGAGCCAUAGAAGCAAUCCUGCAGUACUGGAUCAGCAAACUGCAGGGGAGACUUAACACUUUGCAGCCUCAGAUCCUUGAGACACUGGAAGCUCUAGUGGACCCCAAGCUUUUGUCUGUGGAUAGGAGUAAACUGCACAUUCUCCUGCAGAAUGGCAAGAGCUUGUCAGAACUGGAAACAGAUCUUAAAGUUUUCAAAGAAACAAUUCUGGAGAUCUUAGAUGAAGAAGAAUUAAUAGAAGAGCUCUGUCUAUCUAAAUGGACUGAUCCACAAGUAUUUGAGGAGAGUAUGUCUGGGAUUGACCAUGCAGAGGAAAUGGAGCUACUGUUGGAGAAUUACUACAGGCAAGCAGAAGAUCUUGCAAAUGAAGCUCGUGAACUCAGAGUACUGAUUGACGACUCAGAAAGCAUCAUCUUUAUCAACCUGGACAGCCACCGUAAUGUGAUGAUGAGGCUGAACUUGCAGCUGACUAUGGGGACUUUCUCUGUCUCUCUCUUUGGCCUCAUAGGAGUUGCAUUUGGUAUGAACUUGGAGUCAUCUCUUGAAGAGGACCCCAGGAUAUUUUGGCUGGUGACGGGGAUUAUGUUUCUGGGAAGUGGUCUGAUAUGGCGACGCUUACUUUCCUUCCUUGGGCGGCACCUAGAACCUCCACUACCUCCUCACGUUUCUGCAGUUUUGAAAAAAUCCCAACCAUCAGCUGGAAGAGUGGAGAUAAAGAACAGCCUUAAAGCAGAAACAUUUGGGCUGAGCAGAACAUUACCAAACCAAUAGGAACAUAAGGAAUUAAGAGACUUCUGUUGUUACAGGGUGGACUUUGGACACUUUCCUUGCACUUGUUCUUCCUUACUGAAAAAUACAAGAAUUUCUAAACUUACUAAUUUAAAAUAUAUUUUGUGCCAAAAAAAGUACAGUGAGAUUUUUAAUUCUUACACAUGACAGGAGAGGAAUACCAGGGAAAACAGCAACAUGCUUUACACAGUAGUCUAAUCUCCACUCCAUGUGCGUUCCACUAGUUUUCUGUAUCACAUACAUAUUUUUUGGGCAUUCUCAUUUUAUGUGUUUCCGUCAAAUACUUCUUUGCUUAAUGGCCCUUCUUACAGAGAACAGAAUUUUUUGCUUAAAGGAUGACAGCAGUCAGCAUUCAUCAAGUAUUCUGGGUUCUGAGCUGCAGAUUAAGGAAUCAGACUUCAAAUGUCAAAGAAAAAUCCACCCCAAGAGUGGAUUUUUAAGGCCCUGUUUAAUUGCAGAGAACAGAUUUUCCAAAGCAAAAAGCAUACCUGCAUCUUUUGUGAAGCAUGACUACUGAAUUGGCAGCAACCAGAAAUAAUAGUUUCCCUUAUUUUACAUGAGCAAUAACAGGCUUUGAAAUGUAGCUACAUAUCUGGUUAUUCCCUAACAAUUAAUUUAGGCCCCAAACAUGCAGUUUUAGGAAAAGGGAAAGCAGACUUAGGGAUAAUGCCCACUUGUGUUUGCCACCUGAUAGUAUUUCAACCAUGCAUUGAUACAGCUGCAGUUUAACAACUCCUCCUGUUGUCACAAGGACUGAUUCAAAUUCUGCUAAAAAUCAACAGAUGGGUUGUUAGUUUCUGCUAACUGGGCUAUGCUCUCUCUCUUCUCUCCAAGACAAAUGAUGGACUAGCCUGCACCACAGUAAGUAGCCAGGUUAGUAAAGGGUGUGGAAGCCUGUGAUGGACUGAAGGAAGGAAUAGAAGCCUUAUGCCCACUGUUUGUGUUUUUUCUUAGCACUUCUCUCUGAGGGCAUAGUUCUCCACUGGUUUCUCUCAGUCCAUAGAGGGAGCAUGAAAUCCUUUUAAAGGAAGUAAUAAACUGCCCAUUUCUUGUUUAGGUUUUUUUAACCUUGCUGUAACAGUGAGCAGCUCCUUAGGUGCCACCAGAUAAGUCACUGUACUGGCAGGAGUUGGAAAAACAAUAACUGAAGCUGUGAACAUUUUUACUUGGGAUUAAUGAGUCAAAGAUGAAAAUAAAAAGGUACAUAAAGUUGUGCAA